UCCUCUUUGGAUAGGUUUCUUAUGGUGUGGAAGCUGAAGACACAAUGCAGAGCUUAUAAAUUUGUAGGCCAUGUGGAAGCGGUGACCAGCGUACUGUUCUCACCAGAUGGGCAGCUACUUGCUUCAGCUUCUCAAGAUCGUACUGUCAGACUAUGGAUUCCUUGCAUUCAUGGAGAAUCAUCAGUACUGAAAGGUCAUACAGCAUCUGUUCGUAGCGUGAGCUUCUCACAUGAUGGUCAUUUUCUAGUUUCAGCAUCCAAUGAUAAAUCAAUAAAAAUAUGGAGUGUUCGUCAUCAGCGCCUUUUGUUUUCCUUAUUCCAACACACUCAUUGGGUUUGCUGUGCCAAAUUUUCACCUGAUGGAAGAUUAAUAGCAUCUUGCAGUGAGGAUAAAUCUGUGAAGAUCUGGGAUACGAGAAAUAAAACUUGUAUUGAUAGCUUCUCAGAUUAUGAAGGAUCUGCAAAUUUUGUGGAUUUCAACCCAAGUGGUACAUGUAUAGCUUCUGCAGGUUCCAAUCACACGGUGAAACUGUGGGAUAUUCGAAUGAACAAGCUACUGCAGCAUUACAAAGUUCACAGAGCAGGGGUUAAUUGUGUAUCAUUCCAUCCUUCUGGUAACUAUCUCAUCACUGCUUCUACUGAUGGUACCCUUAAGAUUUUGGACCUCUUAGAAGGAAGACUUAUUUACACUCUUCAUGGACACAAGGGACCUGUACUUUCUGUGGCUUUUUCAAAAGGUGGUGAAAAAUUUGCCUCAGGUGGAGCAGCUGCUCAGGUAUUACUGUGGAAAACCAACUUUGAUUCAUUUGAUUAUAAAGAAGUUCUUAAAAACCAUAUUAGAAGAACACAUAUUGAUGAUCCUCCUCAUCUUCUUGAUAUUUACCCAAAGUCACCUCAUCUCCAUGAUGAAAAACUUCAGUCAGUUGAGGUCAACCCUACCUUUGAUGUGACUAAUACACAAACACUUGACCCACCCGUCAUAGAGAUUAGUUCCUCUUCAUCUUUCAGUGCUCCAGAUGAUGUCAGCAGUGAAGAUCUGCAGUAUCCCCCUGCUUCAGCCUUGGCAACAAGUUCAAAAAGGAAGUCAGAGAAUGAGAGCGAAUCAGCUGUGCUUAAUGUGGACAAGGAAACAGGCAUCUCCCCCUCCCUGGGUAAUGCUUUGGAGCACAUUGUGGAGCAGCUGGAUGUUUUAACUCUAACUAUUUCAAUCCUGGAACAACGUCUGACUUUGACUGAAGAUAAAUUGAAAGAAUGCUUAGAAAAUCAGCAAAAACUUCAGGGAAGACAGGAAGAAUAA